GACUCAGGAAGAUUCUUCCUCACAUUCUUUAAGGGACCUUGUUGUUCAUAACUUUCUUCCUGCUCUGUCUAUAAGAAUGUAGUGAGGUUAAAGCGUUGAUAUUGCUUGAACUGUAUAUGAUUUCACUUGGACAUUAGGACUUGCACCAUCCUGACCAUAAAAAAGGAGUCACCUGUGAAGACCACUGGGGAAGUUGUGGUUCAGUUUGUGCAGAUUAUUCCAUGCAGUAAGAUAGACACCAUGGAGAAGAGGAGAAGCGUUUCUAGUAUCUUCUUACUGCUCCUGGCUCUGCUUCAACUGACCACGCCUUCUUCUGGUUACAGCACACGGCCUGCUAACGUGAAAGUGGCAGUGGGAGAACCCGCAGAGUUUAAGUGUGGAGUCCCGGAAGGCUCUUCCAGCCUCGUGUUUACCUUCUACAGUAGCCACGGCAACUACAGCAUCACCUGUCCGGAGGGUCAUGUGGAAGACAUCCCCCAGGCUCUCUUUGGGAGUUGUGAUGUGAAGAAUGGAGAGCUACUGUCUGUGUGGAGGCUCCAAGGAACCUCGUACUCUGACAAUGGCACCAAAGUCGAAUGUCGGCAGUCAGAGAAUCCAGAGAUUUUAAUUGCUAUCUUACAUGUUUAUGAUGAUGGCACCAACUUUGCUGUUCUGAUUGGCUGCACCAUCGGGGCCUUCUUUGGCAUCCUGCUGGUGUUUGGUUUGUCUUAUACAGUGAUGUGGAGAUCUGAGAGACUCCAGAGGUGUUUUGGUGGAAAUGGAAGAGAGGAGGAUUUAGUCACAAUAGUAACAAAUGACCAAACAGAGGAGAAGACAGAAGAGAGUGUAAGAAGGAAAAAUGUAGAAGACUAAGAGAAAUGUGAAGAAAAUGUUAUCUAAUGGUGAUCCUUGAAGUUAUUUACACUUAACCUAAUUAAAUUACACACCACAAAUAUGAACCCUUCUCUAUCAUUUCAGGUCAUGAUUGAUUAAGGAUAGCACUUAAUGUGUCUUUUAAAUGUCGGUUAUUCCUUCUAAAGUAAUUAAACUAUUUUUGAAAGAACA